AUGAUUGUUAUCGCUGUCGCUGGUGGUACCGGUGGCGUGGGGAAGACGCUUGUGGAAAGAUUGUCUCAAGAGUCAAGCGUUAAACUCAUUGUCCUAACGCGUAGUGGAGUCGCGCCGCGAGAAAAUGUUCAGUACGUCCAGAUCGACUACAGCGACAUCCCUUCCAUGACCACGGAGUUGGAACGCCAUAAUGUGCACACUAUCAUAUCCGCGAUCGGCCUUGUCUCCGAUGAGACCAGCCAAUCCCAGCUAAACUUGAUCGAAGCAGCGGAAAGGUCAAUCGCAACGAAGCGUUUCAUUCCGAGCGAGUUCUCCUUUAUUCAGACAUCCGAGCUGUUGUCCGUGGACCCGAGUAUCCAGUAUUGGCUUGAUGCUGCAGAUCGUUUGAGAUCUAGCUCUCUGAAGUACACUCGCGUCAUUCCGGGCUUCUUCAUGGACUAUUGGGGCAUGCCACAUGCGAAAACAAAUCUUCAAUCAUAUAUCUUCGGCAUCGAUAUCGCCAAUGGUAUAGCCGCUAUUCCCGGUGAUGGCGAUGAUGUCAUUUGUAUGACUUAUACGUACGACCUGGCGAACUAUAUGGUGAAGAUACUUGAACUCGAGAACUGGCCAGAGUUCAGUGUGCUUGUGGGGGAUCAAGUGACCUACAACGAGAUUCUGGCCAUAGCAGAGGAUAUCAAAGGCAAAAAGUUCCACACGACAUACGACAGUGUCGACCAAAUCAACGCGGGCAGUGUGACUGUCCCACCUAUGCCCAGCACUAUGGGAUCGCCGGAGGAACUGAAGGAAAUUACAGAAUUGGUCAGUCGGCUCACAGUGGCUGGAGUGUUUGAUUUGCCCAAAGAUAACCGUAUGAGUGAUCGAUUCCCCGAAGUACGGCCUGUUAAAUUUAAGGACUUUAUGGCGAAGUGUUGGGUAGAGAAGCAAUCAUAG